UUUUAAGGAAUUUAUUACUAGCUACAAACUCAAUUUCAUUUUCUAUUAAUUUCAUCUCUGAAACCACUAAUCUGAUGGCGUAAACCUUUAUGUUAUAAACUCUUAGUUUGCUAUUUCAUUUUUUGGCAUGUGGAUCAGGCUUAGAAAAUAAUAGUUUGUGACAGGUAAUCAAUUCUUUAAGAAAAACAUCCAUGUAUUUUUAGAAACAUCUUUAUUCAAAAAAAAAGCUUUGAAUGGAUUAAUCGAUAAAAAAAUGUUUUGCACGUUCUUUCUUGUUUUGGUUGCAUCACCUUCAAUCUCAAGUUCUUCUGUAGUGGUUCUUGAUUACCAAGAUUUACUGAUAAAAAGAGCAUUAGAUCAAGACAACUCAACAACUUCAAAGGAAGAGGUUAAACUUCCCAAAUUGAAAUUGCCAUUCUUGGUGGAUGAAAAAUUUGUUAUGUGCUACUCAGUGUUUGCCUAUGGAUCAAAAAAGGAAACAAUAUUUGAAACUAUUAGACCUGGAGAUUUUUCAACAGGGUUUGCUUUGGCAUAUUGUACAAUUAGUCAAUGUUCAAUGUAUUUAACUUUACCUAAUUCCGAAAGUGGUAAGAUCUAUAGCUCCAGUAUUGGUUAUGUAGUUCCUCCCCUAUGGAUAACCCUGUGUGAGCAUAUAAAUACUAUGACAGGAGAACAUAUGGUCUAUGUACCACAGCUAAACUAUAACCAAACAUACAUCAGGGUGUAUCCACAACCUUUAAAGGAAAAGAUACAAAAUUAAACUUUAUUAUUAUAACAAAGUAGGGACAGUUGAAAUUUUUUUGGAAUA